AUGCGUUUCUUCACUGUCGCUCUUGCCGCUCUCUUCGCCGGCCUUGCCGCCGCUGACUGCACUCCCGGCGAGACCAACUGCGGUGCUGGACCCGCUGCCAAUACCAUCCUAGUGUGCAAUGAAGAAGGCAUUCCCACCCCCGUCACUACCUGCUCCAACGGCCAGACAUGCCAGAACGUUGGCGCAAACAACGGCCCUACUUGUGCUUAA